GCGCCGCGCGGACGUGGUACCGGCUUUCCGCUUAACCCGCUUGACGUGUGACCGCUUAACUGUGACCGCUUAAGUGCUCAAAUAAGCGAAAAGGAUAAACGCUUUCAUAUUCUUUGACGUUAUCACCGCGUCCCGGGCAGUUCGGCCGCGCGUCCCCUCCGUGACGCUUCGUUGGUGGCUCCCAAAUGUGUUUUACUAUUACGUUCAAAAUGGUAGCGAGACGCGAGAUAAGAUUAGAUAACUAAAGAUGUGCUCCGUGAAAUCGCCACGACAUUCUCCGUUGAGACACGGACUGAAUUUUAAUACAUAAAUGUCUGAAAUUAAAUUUUAAAAGACAAAAUUAUGUUGAAAGUGUUCGAGUUGGAACAAUGAAUUGAAUUCAGUUUAAUAAUUUCAUAUAACGAAGUAUAAAGUGACGCUUAACAGUGCUAGUGAAGUGACCUAGUUAAACAAAACAAACAAAAUAAAAAUGUUAGUGAUGUUAUAAUAAAAAGAUUUGUGUUUUUGAAUAAUUGGAAGUUAUAGUAGGUAUUUUUAAAACGUGAUGUCAAAUUAGUGAGGUGCGAUCGUGUGUAGCAAUGGGUUGCCAGCUGGGUAAGCUAGCUGCCUCUGAGCGUAGGACCAACAACCAGGUCUUGGGCGAUGGACCGCCACCAGCGACGGACCCGAGACUGCCUCUCACAGCCAAGCAAAAGUAUUCGAUGCUGGCCUCGUGGAAAGGAAUAUCGCGAGCGAUGGAGAAGACAGGGAUAUGCAUGUUUAUAAAAUUAUUCGAAGAAAACCAAGAUCUCCUAAAUAUGUUUGAAAAGUUUCGUCAGUACAGGACGAAGGAAGAGCAAAUUAACUCCAUGGAACUCGCGGAGCAUGCGAACAAUGUCAUGAACACCUUGGACGAGGGUAUUAAAGGGCUGGAUGAUUUAGACAACUUCUUUGAAUAUAUACACCAAGUUGGAGCAAGUCACAGACGGAUACCUGGAUUUAAAGUAGAAUAUUUUUGGAAAAUCGAAACACCGUUCCUAGCAGCAGUGGAGUCAACCCUCGGCGACAGAUACACGCCGAACGUUGAAAACAUAUACAAAAUAACCAUCAAGUUCAUACUGCAGACCCUCGUCGAUGGAUACGAAAAAGCAGCCGCCAAAGCGAAUCCCACAUGAACUGACUGCGAGCUGAUAGAAUAACUGGUAUUAACUUCUACUUGAAACUCGAUUACCGUAUGUAUGUAUUAUUGCAUUUAUAUGAAUUAAAAUUUUAAUUGCUCGCUGAUGACAAACGAACAUUACACGAUCACGUUUAAACGUAUAUUAAUAUACUUUCCCCGAUUCUACAACAAAAAUAUAUUUCCCUCUCUGUCACUCUCUCAGUACGUAUAAAAUUAGAUUACGUAAAGUAAUUUGAUUAUAUAAAAUUGUUACUCACCGUCUAAGAUACGGGUUCAAAUAAUAAAGGAGUCACUGUAAUAUCUUUUUUUUUAAAUAAAUAUUUUAAAGAUGAUUGUACUGGAUCUUUUAAUUCACAUUGAAUGUUGUACAAUAAGAUCGAUAAAUGUCUAUUAUAGCCUUACCGAUGUAUGUUAUCCUAUUUGCACACGUCGUGGUCGCAAACUGACUGAAUAUCUGUUUGUUAAGUGUCUGUGUGACAAAACGAUAAACAAAUAUUUAUGAUUGUGACAAAAACCCGAAUGUAAAGUAUGUCUUUACGUAGUAAACAAAGUCGCUUAACGUAGUCUGUACGCUUAGAUAUUUAAAACUACGCAACGGAUUUUAAUAUGGAUUUCAUUCGUUGGGAGAAUGAAGAGACUAGUUUAAGGUUUAAAUGUAAAAUACAGGCAUAUUAUUAUAGCCGAGAAAAGAUUUGCAAUACGGAAAAAACAAUAUUUUGUAAACCCUUAUUGUAAUCACGUGAAGGAAAAAUAACUAGUAAAAUAUAAAUGGAAAAUCAGUUAUUUCAUGCGACGCAAAAGUGUAUCAUCUUACACGUUCUCCUCGCUAUAUUGAAUAAAUAUUUUCACGUAUCUAUAACAGAAAAACAACUCAUGGAUAUCGUAAUAAAAAACCAUUUUUUCGGUACAGUGAAUAGAUUUCACGAUUGAACACACAGUUGAAUAUAACGUUUAUUUUGUCAAUAACAUUAUUUUUUUUACUCGAGAGGUUUGUUCAUAACUAAAAGAUAAUAAAAUUAAAUGGCAUCGGACAUGUGAUUUUAUUAAUUUAACUACUCGACCCGGCUUACCCGGCCCGGAUACUUUAAAGGUUUAUACACAAAUUUUAGAUUGAAGAGCACAAUAAAAAAAUCUUGUAUUUUUCCGGCUACGAAAGUUGAGAUUCGCAAUUUUUCUGUACUAUAAUAUGCACGUAUUAUAAAUGUAAACCUUCCUUUUGAUUUAUUGACGAAAAUCAUAUUAAAACCCGUUGCGUAAGUAAAAGGAUCUAAGGGUACAUGACGGUAAGUGACUUUAUUUUAUACUAUGUAGAGACUAUAAUUUUUUUGCUGUUGUAUUUUGCAUUUCGUAAAUAUAAUUCAUCUGUUUACGCUCUUCAAAUCCUACGACAUAUCGUAAUACUAAAAAUCGUAUGUAUACGGUAAUUGAGAUUCAUAAUAAUUUU